UUUGUAGAUUCUGUAUUUGUAUUUUUUGAUUUUGUAGAUUUUGGUGUCUCCAUUAGACCUCAAGUCUUCCAGAACUCCCUUUGCGCCACCCUACGCCACCUCCUAGUCUUGCCCUGUUCUUGCUCUGGGCAAGCCAGGAAGCUUUUCGCCAGCAGACACCGUUACUAAACAUAAUAGCCCCCUUGUGCUGAACAUUCAUUCUUCAACAAAUAUUUACUGAGUGGCUCCUCUGUGGCGGGAACUGUUAGAGGUGCUGCGAAUGCCAUGAACAAGAAAGACACUGCCCCUGCCCCUCUGGAGUUCGCACGGUUAGUCGGGGGAGGUAAACCAUAUGCCAGUAAAAAGUAACCGAAGAUAAUUUCAGAUGGUAGGCAGAAAAUAAAACGGAAGUGAUGGAGGUCGGGGGUCAGAUGGAGUGGUCGGGAAAAGCUGACCGCUUGGCAGAUGGUCCUUGAAGUCUCACAACAACCCUAGAGGCCGUGGGCAGAUCCCCGUUUUGCUGAGAAGGAAGCUGGCGUUCGGGAGUCAGGGCGGCGUGGCCAAAUCCCAGACUCCUCACCCGCCUUCCUGCCAGCUCCGGUGGGCAGCCGCAGGCACCGUGUGGCCUUGGAUGAUGAAACUCGGGGCGAUGACUGCACCAUCCAGCAGCCCGCGUCCUCGCAGGUGCUGGCAGUGAGGGCGGUGGGGGGCGGACGCGCCACUGGGGAGAGGCUGCCAACAGCUCUCUUCGUCUCUUCGUCUCUGUCGUCUCUUCGCAGACGCGACAGAGAGCACGGCCCCUACCCGGCCCCUCCGGGCUCUCCAGCCCCUCAACUGGGACAAAGAGCCCGCCCAGCCCCGGCCACGUUCGGACUAGCGCUCCCGCCUACUGUCCGGUCCCCGUCCGGCCCGGCGCGGGGCGCUGUGGGACUUGUAGUUCGCUUCGCUCUCCGCAGCCGCUCCGGAGCGGCCAGGAGAACUACAGGGCCCAGGAGGCAGCGCGCAGGCCCGGGGCGGCCCCGACGGCGGUGGGUGUGCGAGCGCAGGGGCCGGGCGGCGCGGGCGCCGGGCGCGGGGAUGCGGCUGCGGGCGCCGGGGUCGGGUAGCUGCUCCAGGCGCGCGAGCUAACCGGGCGCGGCGAGGGCCUACCAGGGGCGACAGGGUUUCCCUCCGCAAGCGCGCGAUGCAGCGGGCGGCGGCGCUGGUCCGGCGGGGCUGUGGUCCCCGGACCCCCAGCUCCUGGGGCCGCAGCCAGAGCAGCGCGGCCGCCGAGGCCUCGGCGGUGCUCAAGGUGCGGCCCGAGCGCAGCAGGCGCGAGCGCAUCCUCACGCUGGAGUCCAUGAACCCGCAGGUGAAGGCGGUGGAGUACGCCGUGCGGGGACCCAUCGUGCUCAAGGCCGGCGAGAUCGAGCUCGAGCUGCAGCGGGGUAUCAAAAAGCCAUUCACAGAGGUCAUCCGAGCCAACAUUGGGGACGCCCAGGCUAUGGGGCAGCAGCCAAUCACCUUCCUCCGGCAGGUGAUGGCACUAUGCACCUACCCAAACCUGCUGGACAGCCCCAGCUUCCCAGAAGAUGCUAAGAAACGCGCCCGGCGGAUCCUGCAGGCUUGUGGCGGGAACAGCCUGGGGUCCUACAGUGCUAGCCAGGGUGUCAACUGCAUCCGUGAAGACGUGGCUGCCUACAUCACCAGGAGGGAUGGCGGCGUGCCUGCGGACCCCGACAACAUCUACCUGACCACGGGAGCUAGUGACGGCAUUUCUACGAUCCUGAAGAUCCUCGUCUCCGGGGGCGGCAAGUCACGAACAGGUGUGAUGAUCCCCAUCCCACAGUAUCCCCUCUAUUCAGCCGUCAUCUCUGAGCUCGACGCCAUCCAGGUGAACUACUACCUGGACGAGGAGAACUGCUGGGCGCUGAAUGUGAAUGAGCUACGGCGGGCAGUGCAGGAGGCCAAAGACCACUGUGACCCUAAGGUGCUCUGCAUAAUCAACCCCGGGAACCCCACAGGCCAGGUACAAAGCAGAAAGUGCAUAGAAGAUGUGAUCCACUUUGCCUGGGAAGAGAAGCUCUUUCUCCUGGCUGAUGAGGUGUACCAGGACAACGUGUACUCUCCAGAUUGCAGAUUCCACUCCUUCAAGAAGGUGCUGUACGAGAUGGGGCCCGAGUACUCCAGCAACGUGGAGCUCGCCUCCUUCCACUCCACCUCCAAGGGCUACAUGGGCGAGUGUGGUUACAGAGGAGGCUACAUGGAGGUGAUCAACCUGCACCCUGAGAUCAAGGGCCAGCUGGUGAAGCUGCUGUCGGUGCGCCUGUGCCCCCCGGUGUCCGGGCAGGCCGCCAUGGACAUUGUCGUGAACCCCCCGGUGGCAGGAGAGGAGUCCUUUGAGCAAUUCAGCCGAGAGAAGGAGUCGGUCCUGGGUAAUCUGGCCAAAAAAGCAAAGCUGACGGAAGACCUGUUUAACCAAGUCCCAGGAAUUCACUGCAACCCCUUGCAGGGGGCCAUGUACGCCUUCCCUCGGAUCUUCAUUCCUGCCAAAGCUGUGGAGGCUGCUCAGGCCCAUCAAAUGGCUCCAGACAUGUUCUACUGCAUGAAGCUCCUGGAGGAGACUGGCAUCUGUGUCGUGCCCGGCAGUGGCUUUGGGCAGAGGGAAGGCACUUACCACUUCAGGAUGACCAUCCUCCCUCCAGUGGAGAAGCUGAAAACGGUGCUGCAGAAGGUGAAGGACUUCCACAUCAACUUCCUGGAGAAGUACGCGUGAGGACGCCUGAGCCCCAGCGGGAGACCUGUCCUCGGCUCUUCCUCCCAAUGCCCGCCAGGCUGAACUCGCCUCCCCCGUGACUCUGCCUCGGGCCUCGCAGAGGCUGCUGGUCACUUCGUCAUCAUUUUGCCCCCGGAGACGUCUUUCUUUGUGCCUUGAUGUUGAGAGCGCCUCUCUUUUGAGCAAACAAGCAUUCUAUAUGCAACCAGAGUAGAGGGGACCUGCUCAGCAGGUGUGGCCAGGGUUCUCUGAAUCUGUUAUUGUUUUUGCUUCUGGAAAGUUCAUUUGGGGUUUACUAGGGUGUGUUGGGUGAGAUGUUUCAGAUCUGGAGAAAUGAGCAGUUGUCGGGAAAUGUGUGACUUAACCGUGGUGAGGGCUGGAAAUCCAGACUCACCACCAUGAUCUGUGAAAUAAAGCCCUUAGCGGUGUGAAGCAUCCGGUCCUUUGAACAGAAGGGCCUGGAGGGCCCCUGCGGCUGACAGAGGGUCCGCCCGGUGGCCUGGAGGCAGGUGCGGGGAGCACAGUAGCACGUGGACUGGGCAGGAUGUUGCACUAGCUUGGGGUAGAUGCUGGGGGCUGCGGCCACGGUCAGAGGGCCCCACGGUGAGGCGUGGGGGUGAGCGAGGCUGCAGGAGGAACCGGGUCUCCGCUUCCCAGCAACGCAGCCAGGCCUGAGAAUUCUGUGCGCCCGGCGGGCUUUGGGAAUGAGGGGUUCCCUUGAACAUGCCAUGCGUAGGCUGGAACCCCGUCUGAGAGGUCUCCCUGAAUUUCAGGGACACAGGGUGCAGCCCGGCAGUGUCCCAGUUCCGUGGAGAGAGCUGCUGGAAUGGUGCGGACCCAUCCCGCGGGUGACCGGUGCCUGUUCUCCCUGGGGCCUGACUGAGCCUGUGUGCACACCGCCCCCUGCUGGCGACAGCGGGGAAACGAGGGCUGAAAAUGUCCUCCCCACAAGGGCAAUCCCCGGGACCUGCCGAGCAGCCAAGGCCCUGUCCUUUCUUGAUGGUGGCGAGCUGAAUCUGGUCGGUUUCCUAGCUUUUAGGUGGUAAAAGUGCCUGGCAGCUUGGCUGCUGUGGAGGAGUCAGUGAGUCGUGGUUGGAGGUUCAUUGCCGUGCUUUCAUGCUGUGUUUUGCCUUCAUGUUAGCUUCCGGCUCCCCUCGCAGGCUGCAGACUCUGUCCUGUGGCAUCAGGCUUCUCCCAGGACAGGAGGGUGCCAUCCCCCAGCAUGCGGCUUCUCUGCCAUUAGCAACCCUGGGCGGGCCGACCACACUCGAGGCUGCGGUGCUAUGGGCUUAGCCCUCGCCUCCCUCACUGGGAGCCUCCCCAUCCUCCCUGCCUUCCCCAGUGGGAAGUUAGGGAAGCUCAGGAGCCUGGGACCCCGCAUGUCCCAAAAUGGGAUUGGAGGAGCUGGAGAGAAAGCAGAAGAGGCCGAGGAGUGAGACAGCAGCCUCUAUGCUGUGAUUUCCACACCGGGUCCGUGCAGAGGAAACAGUCAGAAACUCCAAACUGUCCUUACCCACCGACAUCACAGCCCCUACGAAGAAAGUAGCCACAAUCUCAAAUAACAAAAGGGAAUGUUCUAAAACUUUUCCUUCCUUAAAAAAUGGAGAAAAUUGCACUUGUGCUUGCUGUGUGGUAUAUAAACCAGGAUGAGUCCCAGAGUCGUGAGGUUUCUGGUGGAAAGGUUAAAUCGUAGAAGCUAGUAUAUUUUUUAUAUUUUUGUAACAAUUGCUUUUUUCAUGGGGGAGGCGGGGUUAGUAUUUAUAGUCCUAACAAGUCCAGUAAUUUUUUAUAAAUCUCUUCAGAUUAUAAACAGCCCCUAAAAACUUUACAACGUUUACACAAUUUUUUUAAAAGAGACUGUAUACACUUGAUUUGCUUUCAAAAUAAAUAAGGUCAGCUAGUCUAGGAGGUUAACGUCGGGUAGGAGUGCUGAUCAUGAUAGGUUUGGUUUUCUACAGAUUCUGUUCCGGUGCCUUUCCUGUCCAGGCACCACCUGAGAAAGUUGUUUGUCAUUUGAGGUCGCACUUGGAAGUUACAUCUGUGAAGUUUCUGUCAUUCGUCCAGAUCUGUGUGUGUAGCAUGUGCUGAGGAAGCACGUGCUGGGCUGUGCCUCAGACAGGGCGUCACCGCGCGCCCAGAGGCUUGCCUGGCUGUUCCUGUUCUGGUGUGUGUGGAGUGUUGGGGAGGAACAGAUGCAGAUCAACCUGUGGCUGUUUUCCCGUCUAGCUUCUCACAGGCAUCUCCUGAUGACAAAGGUACUUAACAAUGGCUCUGCUGGAAAUUUCUAUAAAUAAAAUGUCCAAAAUGGUGA